AUGGAGUGGAAUGGAGUCUGCGACGCUUUUUCGACUGCCUCUCUCCUACUUCUCGGUACAUUUUCUUUUUCUCUUCCCAAGGUAGAAGGGGGUUUCGCUUACCGCUUUCUUCCUUUUCCACGGUUCGAUUGUUUCCUCGUCUUGUUUGUUCUUUUCCCGAUUCUGAGAGGCGUCGGAGAGCGUACUUGCUGGUAA